AUGGGAGGUGCAAAGCGAAGCUAUAUUCCUAUGCGAAGCCAACUGAUCAAGCUAAUUGGAAAGUUUUUGACCAUCGACGAUUCGAGCCGCUCUGAAGCUGAAACUGGAAUGCAACCCAAAGUUGAUAACAGUACUCCAUGUGAGUCUCAACCUUAUAAAACCGCGCCUGCGCUUUAUAAAAAUAACUAUUUUCUUAAAAUUUUCCGGAUUUUUGCUAAAAGCACCAUGUCGCACACGGUUACGAUAACGCGAACAACUGCCGUCUCUACCGGCACAGCCGUGUAUGUCAACAGCGGUUACUUGAGCACUACUCCUGGACUACUGAAACUUGCUCAGCUGUUGCUUGGCGCGGCUUGUGUGGGAGUGGUUGGAUAUUACAUGGACCACGGGAACUACUAUUAUACAGUGUCUCCUAAAGCAGAGCUGUUCUAUUUGCUGGUUGCCGUGGCAUUCCUGAUAGGCACUUUCUGUCUCUUCACUGCUUGUCUGGUGUCACUUUCCACUGCAUCAAUAAUUUCCAAAACUAUUUAUGAGCUGAUAUACCAUGGGGUCGCCUUCAUCAUGUACCUCGCGUCGGGGCUCACCCUCAUGAUAGAGGUCAACCAUUAUAAGAACAACUACGGUCGCAACUACGAACCCUAUUUAGCAGCUGCGAUCAUGGGACUAGUCAUGGCUGUUUUGUACUUACUGAGUACGUUUUUCGCGAACCGUUCCUACCGAGGCAUAUAA